AUGGCGAUUUCUCUAUCAUUCUUCCCCAUUUCAUCUGCGCUGCUUCUGGCAUUUUCAUCUCUCACAGAAGCAGCGACUGUUACUUACGACUUCAACAUCACUUGGGUUAGAGCAAACCCGGAUGGCGCGCAUGAACGUCCAACCAUUGGAAUCAAUGGACAAUGGCCAUUACCUGUUAUGAGAGCGAAUGUUGGUGACCAAGUGAUUGUUAAUGUUGACAAUCAACUUGGCAAUCAAACUACAACUCUUCAUUUCCACGGUCUUUUCAUGAAUGGUGCUACUCAAAUGGAUGGUCCUGCACAGGUCUCUCAAUGCGGUAUUCCAGCUGGCUCACAAUUUGUGUACAAUUUUACUGUCAAUCAACCAGGGACUUAUUGGUAUCAUUCACACGACAAGGGACAGUACCCAGAUGGUUUAAGAGCACCUUUCAUAAUCACAGAUCCAGACUUCCCGUAUGCGAAUAAUGUUGACGCGGAAUUCGUCCUUUCAGUCUCGGACUGGUACCACGAGGAAAUGCAACUCUGGCUACCGAGGUUCAUUGGAGUUGCCAAUCCAACAGGGGCAGAACCCGUUCCACAAGCCGUGCUUUUCAAUGAUACCCAAAACCUUACUAUCCACGUACAGCCCGGCAAGACCUACCUCUUCCGCAUGGUCAACAUCGGUGCUUUCGCUGGCCAGUACAUCUGGUUCGAAGGCCACAACAUCACUGUCGUGGAAGUCGAUGGCGUCUACACUGAGAAAGCUGAAGCAGAAUCUAUCUACAUUGCCGCAGCUCAAAGAUAUAGCUUUUUGCUCACCACCAAGAAUGACACCUCGACGAACUUUGCUUUUGUUACAAGCAUGGAUACGUCCUUGUUUGAUGUAAUCCCUGAGGACUUGAAAUGGAAUGGUACUGGCUGGCUUGUCUAUGAUGACAGUAAAGCUCUCCCAGACGCCGCAUUUGUUGAUGUUUAUAACGACUUUGAUGAUUUUAAUCUUGUACCUCAUGAUGGGAUGGUCUUACUUCCGGAACCGGACCGUAGAAUUAGUCUUGAUGUGAUCAUGGACGUUCUUGGAAAUGGACAACCAUACGCAUUCUUCAAUAACAUCACAUACGUCUCCCCCAAAGUUCCUACAUUAUAUACCGUUAUGUCUGCCGGAGAUAAUGCUUUGAACGCUGCCAUUUAUGGAGAGUUCACCCACUCUUUUGUCCUCGACUAUGAACAAACGAUUGAGAUCGUCGUAAAUAACCUUGAUAGCGGAAAACAUCCUUUCCAUCUCCACGGCCACAAUUUCCAAGUAAUCCAACGCUCCGACGAAAAUGGCGGAACGUUCGACUCCACCAACAAAACCGAAUUAUCGUACCCCUCCAUCCCUAUGCGUCGAGAUACCGUCGUCCUUCGCCCAUCAGGCUACCUCGUCCUCCGUUUCCAAUCCAAUAACCCCGGCGUCUGGCUCUUCCAUUGCCACAUCGAAUGGCACGUCGAUCAGGGUCUCAUCGCAACCAUGAUCGAAGCACCUCUCAAACUCCAAAAAACUCUCACUAUCCCCGAAAACCACAUCACUGCUUGCAAGGCUCGUGGUAUACCGUACACCGGUAAUGCGGCGGGUAAUACGGAAGAUUAUUUGAACUUGAAGGGAGCGAAUGUUGCGCCAGAACCAUUGCCUGCGGGAUUUACAACAAAGGGGAUUGUGGCGAUGGUUUUUAGUUGUUUGGCGGCGCUUUUGGGGCUGGCUACUAUUACUUGGUAUGGGUUGGCCGAGAUGGGAGAUGCGGAUAAGGAGGCUGAGAAAAAGAGGUUGGAGGUGGGUGGGACUGGAAGUCAUGAGGGUGUUUUUAUACCAAAGGAAUUUACGGUGGAGAAGUAA